CAUGUUGAACAAAAUAAAGUUAAAGUAGCAAAUGAAGGUAAUCGUCAGGAAGAUAAUAAUACGAACAAUGGUAAGCAUGAUAAUCUUAUAUUCGAAUUAAAUACAACAAUUGGCGUUUACGUUUCACGUGCAUGUUCUGUUGCCUUUCAGCAAUACCGUAAGCAAAUGAAGGAUGAUAAAUUAGCAAUAACAAAAUUAACUAAUAUAUCAUCAACAAGACGUAUGAUUAGUGCUAUUCAUAGUUUAAAUGAAUGGCCUCAAUAUCGAAGUAUACUAAAACCCAUGAUCAAUGAUAUUUAUUUUCAAAAACCUGAAGAUUAUGAUCCAUUGAUUACUAAUCAUACAGAUGGAUUUAAUCCAGCCCAAUCAAGAACAAUUACUAUUGCUGAAUGUAUGUUUAAUGAUUUUCAAGAGAGAAUGCGCAUUGUACAUGGUCCGCCCGGUACAGGCAAAAGUCGAACAAUCGCAGGUAUCGUAAUGAAGUUACUAACUAAACUAUCAGAGAACAAACGUAAAAGAAAAAUUCUUCUUUGUGCACCAUCAAAUAAUGCAUGUGACGAACUUUCUCGUCGUAUUCUUGAUGAAUUUCAAAAAAGAGAUGUUCCUUACAAACGGGGUACAUUAGUUCGCAUUGGUUGUCAACCACCUGAUGAUUAUCGUUUAUGUGAUUAUUUCUUAGACUUCAUGAUUUUACAAGAUAUAGUAGAUGUCUUGAAAACGGACCAAAAAAUAAGUCCAAAUAUUGCUCAAGAAACUGAGGGACGUCUUAUGCGACAUUCUCAGAUAGUUAUAUCAACAUUGAACUAUUGUGGAAGUACAAGAAUGGAGCCAUUGAAAUCAUCUACAGAAUUUGUUAUUAUCGAUGAAGCGAGUCAAGGUUCAGAAGCUGACCUUCUUUUACCACUUCGAUUUAAAUGUACUAAACUAAUGCUUGUAGGCGAUCCAAAACAGCUUCCUCCGUGUGUUCUGAGUGACGCUGGUAAAACGUAUGGUUUAUCUCAAUCUCUCUAUGGACGUCUUUUUUCUAUUUUUGAUCAAUAUCCAGAUGGUCCAAUAAGUAUGCUCAAUAUUCAAUAUCGGAUGCAUCCAUAUAUAUGUCGUUUUCCAAGUGGAUACUUCUAUUCCAGUCGUUUAAUAACACAUGAUUCAGUAGAGAGAAGAAUGAGACAUUUUACUUUAAAACCAUUAUAUUUAUAUAAUAUAACUAAUUCACCACAUACCUAUGAUAGUGCUAAAUCGUCGUAUAAUCAAGGUGAAGCGAAAUGUAUACAAGCGUUUUGUAAUUUAUUGAUUGCGCAUCUUGCUGAGCAGCCUACAUCGAUCUUUGGUAGCAGUAACAGUGAUGAACGAAGCACUGAUAAUAGUGAUGACGACAAUGAUGAAGAUGAUGAUGAAGAUGGUGAUGAUGAUGAUGAUGAUGAUGAUGAUGAUGAUGAUGAUGAAUCCAGCACAACUUGUUCGUCUAUUUCGAUUUCUAGAACAACUAAUGGUAGUAUUAAUGAAGUAGAAAAUGAAAGAAGAUGUUUACAACGAUUAUCAAUUAAUGAUCCUCGAUUACCUGAAAUUCAACAACAUAUUGCUAUAAUUACGCCAUAUAAAGCUCAAGUCCGACUAUUUCGAUCAUAUUUACCACCUUAUAUUGAAGUCAUGACAGCGGAUAGUUCACAAGGCAAAGAAAAAGAUAUUGUUAUAUUGUCCUGUGUACGUAGUGGUGAGACUAUUGGAUUUUUAAAUGAUAUGAAUCGUAUGAAUGUAAUGUUAACUCGAUCAAAAUAUGCUUUAUAUGUAUUUGGAAAUUUAACUCAGUUAGCUGAUCAAGAUCCUGCUUGGAAGGAAUUUGUGGAUCAUGCUCAUAAAAAAAGAAUUAUCUGUGAUGCAAACAUCCCACCACUUAACUUACCAUAUCGUGAAGAUUAA